AUGGCAUUUCAUAAACCCGGUGGAAGUCCUACACGUGGAUACACUGAAUUUGAUCCCGAGUCAGGUGACGGAAUUGGAAGAAGCAGAUCACUUGUCAGGCCAGAAAGAACACGUUUGGAUGAAAAUCACCGAAGAUUUCACUAUACUCAAGUGGCCAAUCAAGAAGCAGACCAUAUAAAAGUACAAUCAUCAAAUGGUCUAGAUCCAACAAGAUCAAACGAACUAGGUGGUUCAAGAUCACAUCUUUCUUCUUACAACUCAGACAGAUUUGCCAGUAACAAUCAACUUGAAGAUGAAAAUGAAGGUAUCCCAUUGAUGGAUAUUCAUGACUCUUCGCCACAAGGAAGUCCCAAUACUCAAGAUUUAAAAGGCGGUAGAGAAGUGUAUGGUUUAAAUGAUGAAAUCAAGGAUUACUCUCAAUCACCACUGAAAAGCAAAGUUAUAUCCAACGGUAUACCCAGGCCACAGGUUCAAGGUACUAAAAGUAGAAAAAAACCAACCAACAAGAAUGACAUUUAUUUCUGGAAAGUGUAUUGUUAUGUCAUCACUUUUUGGGCACCAGCACCCUUGUUGAGACUAUUUGGAUUGAAAACCAAAGAUCGUCAGUUUGCAUGGAGAGAAAAAAUUGGUUUGAUUUCGUGUAUUUUAUACAUUGGUGCAUUUGUGGCUUACUUGACUUUUGGUUUCACCAAGACUGUUUGUUCAAAAGAGAGCAUUAGAACUAGAAUUAAUGAGGUCAACACUGGGUACUUGAUUAUCAAUGGUAGAUCAUUUGAUUUAACCUCGUCAAAGCAUCCAGCUGCCGCUGGUAUUGGAGCCGGUUCCAAUGUGUUGUACCCGCCCAUCAAUGCUGGUGGUAAAGAUGCUUCAUUUUUGUUUCAAAAUGUGAAUGGAAAUUGUAAAAACUUGAUUGUACCAAGAGACAACUGUACCAUUCCUCACAACGAUGACAACGAGCUUGCAUGGUAUAUGCCAUGUAGAGUUUUUAGUCAAGAUGGAUCCGACCCGGUUAACAAUACCGCUGCAUACUACAAUGGUUGGGCUUGCCAUACUAGUGAAACUGCUCGUCAAGCAUAUUAUGGUUUGAAAGUUUCGGGUGAUGUUUAUUUCACUUGGGAUGAUAUCAAGAAUUCCACAAGGAACUUGGUUGUUUAUUCAGGAAAUGUUUUGGAUCUCAAUUUGAUAAAUUGGAUACAACAUGAUGAUGUCACCUAUCCCGAUCUUUUCAACAAGUUGCGUGAUGAUCCUACAUACAAAGGAAUAGAUAUUUCAUUGGUUUUGACUGACCCUAGUGAACGACAAGCAGCAAGGUGUCUCACCGAGAUUAUUAAGGUUGGAUCUAUUGAUUCCAAGACUAUUGGAUGCAUUGCAUCUGAAGUUGUUUUGAUUGUUUCGUUGGUGUUUAUCUUGUCUGUUGUUGUUGCCAGAUUUGUUAUGGCAUGUUGGUUUAGAUGGGUGACACUGAGAAAACAAGGUGCUACCGCGUAUGACAAUAAAUCAAUGGUUGCUCGUAACAAGGCUAUUGAAAAUUGGGUAGAUAAUGGUGCAAGUGGAGCAGGACCAGAAAUCAAAACUGUUCCUGUGAAGGCAAGAGCCAAUUACAAGGCUGCAAAGACCAAUAGACAAAGUAUUUUCCACAGAGCACAAAGGCUUGCUUUGGGACCAAAUGCCGACUUGUCGCAAUAUUAUGAUAACCCAAAUGCGCUUUCAAAGACAUUCAAAUACACCACGAUGUCUACUCAGGCUGCUUUGUUGGGUAAGAAUGGGUAUGGGAAAAAGAACUUGGGUAGUGGUGGGGCUACUGGUAAAAGUAGUACUAGACAAUCGACUAUUUAUUUGAAUGAUCAAGGUUCGUCGACAGAUUUAUUAAACCGUCCAGUGUCGUCAUACAAUCCAUUUGAUGGGUUUGAGGAAUCAGUUGUGCAUGGACUUUCACCUGAUAUUAUACACCCAGAUGUUGUACCUCAACCACCAGUGGAGUACCAACCAUUUGGUUAUCCAUUGGCGCAUGCCAUUUGUUUAAUCACUUGUUAUUCCGAGGAUGAGGAUGGUAUUCGUACAACCUUGGAUUCGAUAGCCACUACUGAUUAUCCAAAUUCUCACAAGCUCUUGCUUGUGGUAUGUGAUGGUAUUAUCAAGGGUUCAGGAAACGAUAGGACGACUCCUGAUAUUGUGUUGGAUAUGAUGUCAGACUUGACUGUACCAAGAGAUGAAGUUGAACCUUAUUCGUAUGUGGCUGUUGCUCAAGGUAGUAAGAGACACAAUAUGGCCAAAGUUUAUGCUGGUUUCUACAAUUACAAUGAUGAUACGGUUCCUCCUGAAAAGCAACAACGUGUGCCCAUGGUUACUAUUGUCAAGUGCGGUACACCAGAGGAAGCCAAUAUGCCCAAACCUGGUAAUAGAGGUAAGCGUGAUUCCCAAAUCAUUUUGAUGUCAUUUUUGCAAAAAAUUGUGUUUGAUGAGAGAAUGACUAGUUUAGAAUUUGAAAUGUUCUCGAGCAUUUGGCGAAUUACGGGAUUAAUGGCUGAAUUUUAUGAGAUUGUGCUAAUGGUUGAUGCUGAUACCAAAGUUUAUCCUGAUUCGUUGACCCAUAUGGCUGCUGAAAUGGUUAAAGAUCCCCUGAUUAUGGGUUUAUGUGGAGAAACCAAGAUUGCCAACAAGGCGCAGAGUUGGGUCACGGCAAUACAAGUUUUUGAAUAUUAUAUUUCGCAUCAUCAAUCCAAGGCAUUUGAAUCGAUGUUUGGUGGUGUUACUUGUUUACCAGGAUGUUUUUCAAUCUACAGAAUCAAAGCACCAAAGGGGUCAGAUGGGUAUUGGGUGCCCAUUUUGGCCAAUCCUGAUAUUGUGGAAAGGUAUUCUGAUAAUGUUGUUGAUACUUUGCACAAGAAGAAUUUGUUAUUGUUGGGAGAAGAUCGUUUCCUUUCGGCAUUGAUGUUGAGGACAUUCCCCAAGAGAAAGCAAAUCUUUGUGCCUAAAGCUGCUUGUAAAACGGUUGUUCCUGACAAGUUUCUGGUUUUGUUGUCACAGCGUCGUAGAUGGAUUAAUUCAACAGUGCAUAAUUUGAUGGAAUUGGUUUUGGUUAAAGAUUUGUGUGGAACUUUUUGUUUUUCUAUGCAGUUUGUUGUGUUUAUUGAUUUGGUUGGUACGUUGGUGUUGCCCGCUGCCAUUUCAUUCACCAUCUAUGUUAUCAUUGAUGCGAUUAUAUCCACGCCCACCCCAAUCAUGUCGUUGGUGUUGUUGGGAAUCAUUUUUGGAUUGCCUGGUUGUUUAAUUGUGGUGACCAUAUCAUCAUGGUCCUACAUUAUUUAUUUCUUUAUUUAUUUGAUUGCAUUACCAAUUUGGAACUUUGUUUUGCCAUGUUAUGCCGAUUGGAAAUUUGAUGAUUUCAGUUGGGGGGAGACAAGAACUGUUGCUGGUGGAGAGAAGGGACUGGACCAUGGUGCGACUGAGGGUGUGUUUGAUGCGUCAAAGAUUAAAAUGAGAAGAUGGAGAGAGUGGGAGAGAGAGCGUAGAAGUGUUGAGUAUGCUCCAGCUGGUGGCGAAGCUAUCGUGGGUGGUGCUGGUGGUGCUGGUGUAGGUGUAGGUCCGUAUGGUAAAGGAAACCUGCAAAACUUGUCUAUGCCUUCUGCAGUUUGGGAUCCAUCCACCAACAAUGAAAAGUUGGUUGACGAUGGGUUUGAGAGGGAAGGUUCGUCGUCAGGAUCUAGUUAG